AUGACAUCUACACAACAAAAAGGUCUAUCUCGCGACCGUGUUUCUAAUUCAUCGGACUUCAAUUUUACUGAUCUUGAAUGUGCUCUUUGUCAUGAAGUACUAUGGAAACCAGUUGCUUGUCAAUUAUGUGAAACACCAUUUUGUCAUCCAUGUAUUCAUCAACAACUCAAAACUGAUUUGAAAUGUCCAAAUGGUUGUAACUUUUAUAUUGAACGAAAAUGUCCUCCAUUUAUUUCUAAAGUACUCUCUCGAUUACAAAUUUCGUGUUUCUAUAAACCAAAUGGAUGUCAACAAGUUUUGAAUUAUGAUGCAUUAGAAAAACAUGAAUUUGAAUGCCAAUAUCAACUUGUACCAUGUUCUGGUUGUGAAUUAAAUAUAAUGAAAACAGAUUUAACUGCUCAUCAACUUACUUGUAAAGCAAUUAAAGUAAUUUGUAAAGAUUGUAGACUCGUAUAUAAACGAGGAGAGUUUAGUAAAAAACAUCCACAAAAUAUUUGUUUAAGAGAACAAAUACGACAACUUAGAGAGGAAUCGGUAGAAAAUAAAUCUACAAUACAAAUGUUAACAAAUCAAAUACAUGAUUUACUAUCAUGGAAAAAUCGUAUAAGUCAAGAAAACAUAAUUACAUUUGAUGAUUUACCUAGUAUGACUGAAGAAACAAUAUGGAUUCCACCUAUAUAUAAAGGAUUAAAAUGGAGUAAAAUGGUAUACAUGACUCGAGAGUAUGCCGCGGCAACUUAUCCAACAAGUGGAUAUAUGGCUGCAUUGAUUUCUGGAAGUAAUCAUCACAUUGCGUUUUUUAAUGAAGAAGCAUCAAUUAGUAGAGAUGGACCGAAUAAAAUAUUUUCUCUUAUUUCUCUUACAGCAUGUGCUGCUUGGAACGAUAAUUUACAUUUAACUAUUAUAGGAUAUAAAGAUUCAGUAAAAGUUAAGACUUAUACAUCAAAACUUACUUUUGGAAAACCACAAAUAGUUCUACUUCAAUGGCAAAAUAUUGAUAAAAUCGUCUUUCAACCGACUGGUGAUACUGCAACACAUUUAGAAAAUCAUGAACUAGGCGAUACACACUGUAUUAUAACUCAAUUAGUUAUAGAUGAAUUAGUAUGA